CACGAAGACAUUCACCAACCUGCGACACAGAAGGAGAAGACAGUCGACCUGCUUACUGUGCUUGAGAAACCCUAACCCUAACCCUAGUCGCCAACGAUCCCGGUGUUACGCGUCUGAAAUAUUGCCAGACCGCGUCGUGUCGACGUGUGCAAUGCCAGGCGAGUGCAGCCAUGAGACGUCAGACCCAUAACCAUGGCGACACCAACUAAAUCCCAGAACAUUUCCACCCCCAAGCCGCAGCUCUCCCCUCCGAACAGGCUCAUGGCCUCCCCUCGACCAGGCACCUCGGGCAACUCGAAUCGUCCCCUCGCCUACAAAUCUCCGGCCGUCAAGACUCCAGCCUCAGCGCACGGACAUCAUGUCAGUGUCUCCUCGCAACCCAGUUCCACACCCCUAGCCGCAACUGCCGUUCAUGACGAUCUGCUUGCUCUCAACUCGCCCGCCGCCGCUCUCAUCAACUCUCUGGGCACUACAGGACUUACACCUUUGGGGAGUGGUGCGGAGGGACUGGGCAUCAGCACAGCUCUACCCGGCGGGCCCGUUAGACCUGCUCAUCCCCCUGUAAACCCGGAGGUCGAGCGACUGCAUAGAGCGGAGCUGGUUGUGGGUUUGCUCAAGAGUCGGGUUGGCGGGCACGGGAUAACGCGCAAUGGGGUGGAGAGAAUAGCACAGUUGCAAGGUUUCACCACUCUAUGGGACGAUGACAAUCUGACGAUUGCGGGAAACUGUGUUGACCUCGAGAUCAACUUCGAAGCGGGUGGCAGAGACGACGUUAGAGACGUGAGUCUCAAACUGAAUAUAUCGGACGGCGUGUCCGACAACGAGGAGCCUCAAUUCCAAGAACACGGCACCCAGGUUAUCAAGGGUAAUCUGCAAAAUCUCGCCGCUGUCGACGAAGCGCCAAGAUGGAGGUCUCUUGAUGCCUUUGCAGCGAAUCUACAGUACCUCAGCCAACUCGAUAGAAUCGAGAGUGGAACGCCCUGCUUUAACGCCGUGGGAGACCUCUACAAUGCGUUCCAAACGAUCUGGAAUGCUGAGAAGGAGAGGUUCAAGGGGCGGGCUUCUCGGCAACACCUGCGACAGGGUGCUGUCGGUAGACCUGUUAUGGACCGAAAGCCCAGAUUGGGCCUGGCUCUGGACUACUGGACCUCUCCAGACGAACCAAGUCAAAAACCCGAAGCCGUUUACAAUGAUAUGAUUGACGAUGCCACAAACCUCUACACGGCACGAAUAUCCUGUGAGCCUGGUCUACCCUCGACUGCGAUCACAAAGCAAUGGGUCUCGGACCGAGUUCUGAUCGAGGAUCCAGAGGCGAUGCUGGAUGUUGAGAACGAGAAAUGGAAGCCGGACUGGCAAGACCCUGGACAGGAUUCGGUGGGCUCAGAUCCAUUAACUAAGGUGGAGGCAGAUGAUGCAGCCGCAGACAAGCCGACAGACGUGGUCUCAGGCGUCCUGGAUAUGCAUUUCUCAUGCACCCUGGAGCCAGAGAUUUACCUCCCCAUCAACGUAGCUGCCAACUUGAAUGUGGAGAUUGCUAUGGUGGAUAUAAAGCAGGAGUUGGCCUUAACAUAUCAAGCGGCGUUGCAAAAGCACUUCAACGGUGCCGGUGUCAAUGGCGUCAGACAAGAGAGAUGGCUUAGAGUCUUACCAAUUCCCGAUGACAAAGCCUCAGGUCGAAUGCGACGGCAUUCGUAUGCCCUACAGUCCUCCCAGCACGCCCCGCCUCUAUGGUGUUAUCCUGUGAGGCACCUGAAAUUCAACCAUCCCAAACAAGUUGCGGCCGUAUUGCCUGUUUUGCGGCAGUAUGCCGUCGUCUGGGGUAUUCUGCGGAGCUUAGUUGAGUAUGAGGAUAGUGCCCAACAGGCCAGCCCUUUAAGGACGACCCAAUCCAACGGAAUGCAGAGCUCAGAAGUCACUCGGCGACCCUUGAAGCGAACGAACAAGAAGUCUCCCGGCUCCGACCUCGAUGAUCUCGCCAAACCGAACGGUGGGCUGGAUCCCGACCAGCCGUUGCCCAUUGACGUGAACAUGGAUGUGCUCUCUGAUAUUUCGAAGGCAAGGCUUGAUGUGUACAUCCCAAUGCGCGGGCCGCUUAGAAGAGUACAGAAGAUCCCAUUCAUUUUCUUGUCCUUGAAUAUCUGUCCCGGUGGAGGGAUUGAGGUUCGAGACUUGCGUGGAAUCGACAAAGAUGGCAUGGACAGUGGAAGCGGCCGGUCCAAGAUCAUUCGGAUUUUGGAGGCAACGGAAGAUAUUGGUCUGACGGUCGAAUGGCUUCUGGAACAGGCUGCUGCACGCAGCUGAGAGCUUUAAAAGCUUGCAGACUACGUCCACAAGCCGAAUAUCUGAGCUUGUUUGCUUGAGCAACAAUACAGUCUGCUUGGAUAAGCGCCAUAGCAUUUGCGUAAGGAUUCUUCAAUACCAAGGGCACGCAGGACCGCUCGAAUGCAUCAGGCCCGGCUGAAGAGCACAGGAUAACCCCC